AUAAAUCACGCUAAUCGCGCUAUUUUGCGCCGCCUCGCGUCCGACAAGCCAGUUGAUCCAUCCAACAUGGUGCUGGAAAGUACGAUGAUAUGCGUCGAUAACAGCGACUAUAUGAGAAAUGGGGAUUUCGUACCUACCCGACUGCAGGCGCAACAAGAUGCCGUCAACUUGGUGUGCCACUCGAAGACACGCUCGAAUCCCGAGAAUAACGUUGGCCUUAUAACUCUCGCCAAUGUUGAAGUAUUGGCAACGCUCACAAGCGAUGUUGGCAGAAUACUGUCCAAGCUUCAUCAAGUCCAGCCAAACGGGAAGCUGGCUCUCAUUACAGGCAUUAGAAUCGCCCAUUUAGCAUUGAAACAUCGACAAGGCAAGAAUCACAAAAUGCGUAUUGUCGCCUUCAUCGGAAGUCCAAUAGACAUUGACGAGAAGGAAUUAGUCAAGCUAGCCAAGCGAUUGAAAAAGGAGAAAGUGAAUGUUGAUGUCAUAAGUUUUGGCGAAGAGAGCAUCAACAACGAAGUAUUGACUGCCUUCGUUAACGCAUUGAACGGCAAGGAUGGCACUGGAAGUCAUCUCGUCACCGUUCCACCAGGUCCGCAUUUGUCUGAUGCUUUGAUCUCAUCGCCUAUAAUUCAGGGUGAAGAUGGUAUGGGUGCAGCAGGUAUGGGUGGUGCUGCGUUUGAGUUUGGCGUCGAUCCAAACGAGGAUCCCGAACUCGCAUUGGCUCUGCGAGUUUCUAUGGAGGAACAACGGCAACGUCAGGAAGACGAAGCUCGUCGCGCGCAAGCAAAUGAGACUGCUGCGAAUAAACAGCCAGAGACUAUAAAAGAAGCUCCUAAUGAGGAAGCUAUGUUAAAACGUGCCCUUGCCAUGUCUCUUGAAGGAACCGAUGACUCGACUGCCGCUAGUGAUAAUAAUGCUCCGUGCAGAGGCAAUGUACCAGAUUUCACUAAUAUGACAGAAGAAGAACAAAUUGCCUUUGCCAUGCAGAUGUCCAUGCAAGAUCAGCAGGAAUUAGAAUCGCAAAAGGAAGAAGCAAUGGAUGUAGAAGAAGAUUAUGCAGCCGUUAUGUCCGAUCCUGCUUUUUUGCAAUCAGUUCUGGAAAACCUGCCGGGCGUGGAUCCGCAUUCCGAAGCUGUACGCCAAGCCGUUGGAUCGUUACAACAGAAUAAAGAUAAAGAGAAAGAGAAGGAGAAAGACAAAGAGAAAAAAUAAGCGGUUCCUUAGUGCUUUCGUAUUUACAUUUAUGGCUGAAUUUAACAUUUUCCAUUAUUGUGUAUGAUAUUCUGUAGCUAUUCUAUCUUGCUUAUGAAAUAUACUAUCAAUUUAUCGAAACUGCCUAACUCAGUUUUAGCAGCAUUGUUUUGUACGCGUGUUCUGAACAAUUUCGCUUGGCGUUUUCAGAUAACGCCAGUCUGGCAAAUUAGUAAAUUGACAUAACGAAAAUACAACAUAUUGUAUUUAUAUAAAUACACGUUUUUAAGAAUU